CUCAGAAUUUAGCUGCUACAUAAUACAACCGCAAGUUUCUUAUUCUCUUUCAUUCAUGAUUACAUCGUAGACUAAUUCUUUGCUGGAGCUUCAAUUGCUCCAAAACAAUCCAACGUAUUCGUCCUCAUAGCCGGCUUUCGUAAUUCUUGUAAAAUUAGUUCACAUAAUCACCACCAAGCACAUUCUCCAGAGCAACCCCAAAUUUCGAGCAUAAACCCCAAUCAAACUCCAUAUCAUUCCAUAAAAUAACUCCAGCAAAAAAAAAGUACCACACAUCUCCCCUCCUCAAUGGACUCCCCACCAUCCGACGAUGCAUCUCAACCCCCCUCCCUCGCAUCCCGAAUGCGCUCCUACGAAGCAUCCAUCGACCACAUCCUCCCCACCAACCAACCCAUCAUCCUGCGCCUCGACGGCCACGGCUUCUCCCGCUUCACCUCGCGCUUCUCUCGCCCCUUCGACGAGCGCAUCCACACCGCCAUGACGCGCACCAGCAGCGACCUCCUCCACUUCUUCCCGCAAGCCACCCUCGCCUACACGCAAUCCGACGAAAUCACCCUCAUCUUCCCCUCCGGCGUGCAAACCUUCAACGAGCGAGUCCAGAAACUCUGCAGUCUGAGUGCGAGCUACUGUUCUGUACGCUUCAAUCGGCAUCUCGAGCUUGCGCUGCGCGAAAUGCCCGACCCACCUGUAAAGGGCGACAUGGAGCAUGUACUUGGCACAGCGCAUUUUGACGCGAGGUUUUUCCCCGUCCCGUCGAUGGAGGAGGCGCUGAAUAAUAUUAUUUGGCGCUGUCGCAAUGAUGCAGUCAGGAAUGCGGUUUCUUCGUUUGCACGAACGUUGUAUACGCCGAGUGAGCUGCAUGGGAAGAAGACGAAUGAGCUUAUUGAGCUCAUGUUGAAGGAUAAGGGCGUUAGGUAUGAUGAGGCGGUGCCCAAGUGGGCGAUUGAGGGCUGUUUGAUUAAGCGCGAGCAGUAUGAGCAUCAGGGUGUAAAUGCAAAGACUGGUCAGGUGGAGAAGACGUUUAGAACCAGACCCAGGGUUGAGCAGAGAGGCAUAAGGGUCUUUGACGAGGCGGGUCUCAAGUUAAUCACGGACAAGUAUUGGUAGUUGUUAGUUAGAGCUACGACAAGUAGCAUCAAUCACGU